CAUUAGUCAUCACACAUUCUCACAGCACACAAUCGCCUACCCCCUUCAUUUGGCUCCUGCCCUUUUAGCGUAUUCAUUUCUCAGAAACUCGCUUCUACUUUCUAUACAACGUUCAAAUGUUCUUUUUACACUGUCGUCAUGCUUCGAUCGAGGAUCCCCAACCUUGUCGCUGUCCGAUUUGGGAAGAUCCAGAAUCUGACGGUGGGCCUUGCGACACUUGUGACCAUCGUGCCGAGUGGCAUUUGACUCCCAUCGAAGGAUCUCUGGAAGAAAAUAGGCCAUUGGAGCGAUGCAAGGCGGAUUUACUUCCAGGGCAACCUUGUCCAUGUCCCAUAUGGGUCGAUAACGACAAAUCCGACAACAAAGCCCAAUGUGCUUUAUGUGGACACAAGAAAGGGUGGCAUAGAACCAAGGUUUCGGCCAUGUCUUUACCCUCUAAAGCCGAAUCGAUGAAAGCUCAAGGUGGCUCGGAUGGUCCCUCGCCAGAACAGCAAACACAUGCGACGACACAACACCAUCAGCAAAUAUCAGAGCUCAUGUCUCGAGAUCACCAAUCAUGUCCUCAGCUGGCGGGACCUUCUAGCUCGUCUUCUGCCUCAGUUCCUUCUACGACUCAGAAAGAUUUUCGGAAUUCGGUUUUCGAUAUGUUAAGCGGCCCGUCUGACCCAAGAUUCUCCUUUUCGCCCGAUCCGGACGUCCGAAGAUCUUCGACAGUCACAGAGCGGAAUCCAAUCAAGAUCGCUUCUGAGCAUCUGCGGUUCAUUGCUGAAGAUCCAACAGACUCCCCCUUCGUUUCCCUGAACAAAUCAUCAGCGUCCGCCAAAUCCAGCAAUCCGUUUCCCUCGACUGCUUCUGAAGCUGUCAGGUCUGCCUACCUUUCUCAGGCCUCCCCUGUGCUAUCUUCCUCUUCUGCGAAGACGAAUCCUAAAGGUGUUUCUCCAGCGACACCUCAUUCUCCUUUUGAGGUUCUACAAAACGAUCGACUCUGUACAAAUUACUCGCCCAAACAUCCGAUCAAUGGCGCGUCCUCAGGAUACAAACCUCAAUCACUGCACUCGUCCAAGGCCAGCUCAGAUCAGAUGACUGCGCAAAGUUCCUUACAAGAGGAUGCAUCUCAUCCCUCCUCCUCGCCAUCAUUCACUUCCGGAGCUCUACCCGUUUAUCCUUUCGAUGGCGAUGCAGGCUUGGGGGCAAAUUCAGCAAGAUCUAAACAUACUUUACCAAACCCUUUGCGGGCAGAAAUCACGUCUCAUGUUCACGUAGAAGAGCUUGAAAUGAAAUCCUCGGCACACCCUUCUGAGCUCGGAAUCGGCAAAUUUUCAGCUGAAAAUUCCCCUAUGAGCCAUGAAGCACAACGACAGCACCUAAUCAAAUCUACGCAGGGGCCUAAACCGUUCCAGAUGGGCAAUAACAUUAGCGGCCUGGAAGGCAUGUUUCUUCCUGAUAUCCAAUUGCAGAGGUCUGAAGAAUAUACCUCAAAGGGGAAGAAUGUUACAUUAUCCUUAUCACCGCCACCUUCGAAGCAUGAUUUUACACCCGGAGAGGUCCUGACCGUCACUAUACGACUUAAACCAACCACAUCCGAUACAACCACGGAGCAAGUGCUAUCUCGUUGGACAAAUAUCACAAUUAUGUUGGUGGGGACCAUCGCACGAAACGGCCGUCGCGAUGACCACACGAUGCAUGAAAUUCUACGUCUUGAGAGACUCAUAUACCCAGUCGUCGGACAGAAACGACCUACUCGACCCGAAUGGAAGAUGUCUUUGCAGAUCCCAACGCACGCCAACUGUCCAUGUGGUCCAGGCAGUCUUCCACUUCCGAAAACGUGCUCGGAUUCACUUGGCCACGUCAGUUAUUCGAUCAUCCUCAAAGCCAAGCGGCGCCAAGGAAUCAUCGGCAUUACUACAGAAGCCAUAACUGCUGAUAUGAGGAUGUCGCUUCCAAAGACCGCACCUGCUGGUAGCCUUACUACUAAACCUUCCUCCGCGCGGUCUAAAUCUAACUGGAUUGCUCUUACGGGUUCUCAUCGAGCCGCGAUCACUGGCACCAUUUUGACCACUCAAGUUGAUUACGUCUCUCCAAAUCGGCUGAGAAUCGUUUAUCGCCUCGAACUUGAGUUCUCUCCAGACUCUGAGGUGGAUCUGUCCGUGAUCAACGAUCUGUGCGAGAACACAACUGUUGUACUUUCAGGACUAGCUGGCGACAAAUUGGACGUUCAUGAUGUGCGAGUCAAUAUCGGAGAGCACCCGCGUUGGCAUAUGUCUGGUUACCUCGAUGUGAACGCCCCUAAAGCGGUUCGGGACUCGCAGCACAUACUGCGACUUUCCAUCCACACGGUAACCCUUUCACAGCCAGUCGAGGUGUAUGCUUGGCUUCGAGAGCUGAACUCUGUGUGUUCAAUUCGACUCAUGGGAUUGGGAAUGCCUCUUAUUCCUUGCUCUUGACCUGUAUUUCUAUUGUUCUCCUAUUUUUAUUUGUUUCAUUGUGAUACCCACCCAUUAAUAUUGUACGACAUGAUAAAUCAUUCAAGUUUCACAAAAACUUGGUGACAUACUUGUUGCAAGGCCUCAUCAGACUCUCCGUCUUUGACGACCAGACCAGAAAGUCACAUUGAAGGAUAAGGGGACAGAAAUUUGUAUUAUCAGAAAUUUGUGUACGAUCUUAUCCAUGUCAACGGAAUUAUACCCUAGAUGAACACUGAAAGUAACACUAGAGGGUUCUCAAGCAGGGCAGUGAGUGC